AUGGAGUUGGGUGAAAUACCACCUGCACACCAAUUGGAAGCCACUUCAACUUCGCCGGAUCUCGUGAUAGGUUCAAAGGGAUCAGAUAAGACAGGCGAGGGUGAGUCCACUCUCCCUACCCCCCUCCCCCCCCCCAUUCCGCCUUGACAGCCAAUCAGCGCCCGACUCGCGUGUGAUUGGUUCGCGUGGAGCGCGCGCACCAAGCAUGUCAUACCCAAGUACAAAUUAGCUCCGCACGUCGGAGACGCGAAUCCACGCCAGGGUCUCCGCGUUGUUUGCCUUGUCUUCGUCGUUGCAAAAUCGCUUGUUUGUCCGUCUCGUGGCCCUCAUCGUCUGGAAACCCUACACGCGACUUGUCAUUUGUCUCGUCUAGUGGGAGAUGCAUUUGACGUCUAUGAUGAUUGUGUUAUUCACCGGCCCCCGUCUGCUAUGGGUAACUUCACUUCCGCGUAUGAACUUCGAAAGCAGUUCGACCAAAUCAAGCGGCGAUGUGAUGAAGCUAACCGAGAACGUGACUCGUGGGCAGCCAGUGAACCCAACCCCAGUUACUUCAAGGAAAUUAUCCCAGUUGUGAACCUCGGUGUCCAGCUGGCGACCGAGGGCCGUGAUUCCAUCGCUCAACUGCUACCAGCUAUCGAUUUGGCCAUUGAAAAGGUCAUGUACAUGCCUGCAUUUCGUGGAGUUGCAAUUCACGUCGUCCCGAUUCUCUACCUGGACUGGCUUGCCUGUGAUUCCCUAGCCGUCGUUGAGAAGUUCCAUCGACGCGAGAUCAACGUACUAUUCGGUCCCCUCAAUGACUUUGUCCUGGGAGCUGCCGCCAGAUUUUCCACGGCUCUCUACUUUGUUCCCAUUGUUUCUCCGGCAGCGUCCUCCGUCAAAUUGUCCGACAAGCAUGAAUACGGUCUGUUAACUCGGAUGUACUUCACCUACGCCGACCUGGAAUGGGUUUUCGCGUGCACGCUGAUUCAUUUCGGCUGGAAGCCGAAGGUUGAUGCACCGAUCGCGUUGAUCACAGUUCAGCCAAUAUCCGUUGCGGACACCUACAAUGCCGGCUGGGAUUCCUUUUUCCAGAAACAAGCAGUCUCCUCUGUCCUCACUGACUACAAGCCCCACAACUACCAAGUGGAGCGUGGAAUUGAGGAUCUUAAGAAAAUCUUUGUGGAAUUACCUAAAACUGCAAGAAGCCGUCUCAAGGUCACGCCUGUUUCUCCAAAUGGCGCUGUUUUUGAUUCCACAACCAAGUGCGCACGUGUGCGCAUAAAUCGAAGGCGCGCGCGCACGGCCGCACUGACAACAGAUGGCGGACGCGUGCGCGCGCGCGUGUGCGUGCGGCACAUGCGGCCACUGUCGCCGCCUUCGCCAGCUGUCCGAGGUGCACGUGCGCACGUGCGCGUAUUUUACAAUGAAAGCGUGCUCGCAUGCAGACGGGGAGGCGGUGGAGGGAAGGGGUUUGGUGCGUGGGCGGGUGGUUAUGAGGCCGUGACCGUGUGCCAUAUGGUGCGCGCGCAGCCGUGGCUUUCAUCGUCUAUUCUUCUACCUUUUUAUGCUCCCCCUCCCACAUACUGCUGCUCACGUCUAUCCCUCUGCCUCAAAUAG